CGACUAUAGAGAUGACGGGCACGCCAGAAAUCGUGACCCUUCCAACAACUGGCAUUCCACAAGCGCUUCAACGAAUAGACUAUACACCCUUCAAAGAUCAACAGACGCCCAUCGUCAUCGACAACGGCUCCUCGACAUUACGCUACGGUUUUGCCUACGACCCUGUCACGAAAGGCACGCGUCAAAAUCCAUUCUACGGGCCAAAUAUCAUCUCUCGCUUUAAAGAUAGGAGAUCGAACAACCCCGUCCUAUUAUUCGGCGACAGUGUUGAAUUUGACAGCGGUGCACGCGCACAAGCGCGUACGCCUUGGGAAGGCGAUGUCUUGCUCAACUUUGACGCGUUGGAAAACGCGCUGGAUUAUGCCUUUGUGCAUCUCAACAUCAACAACACGGAUUCCCUGAACCAUCCUGUUCUCAUGUCUGAGCGCUUAUGCUCACCUUUGCAUUCGCGGGCCCUCACGUCUGAACUGAUGUUCGAGCUAUACGGUGCCCCUCGCCUUUUGUACGGCUUAGACUCCGUGAUGUCUUUUUAUCACAACAACCUUCCCGCCAAAAAAUCUCCAUUCACCUCUGACGGUCUCGUUAUAUCAUUCAACACGGCUUCCACUUCAGUUAUUCCUGUUCUUUCUGGUAGAGGUAUUCUUAACCAUUGCAAGAGGAUACCGUGGGGUGCAUCACAGGCAGCGGAUUACCUGCAAAAGCUCAUUCAGCUAAAGUAUCCGUCGUUCCCGGCUCGUCUUACAACCCCACAAAUUACAUGGGUGUUCCAAAAUGUCUGCGCUUUCCAUCCAGAUUUCACCUCCCUACUACGGGUGUUAAAAGAUCCAUUGCAACUCCGUGCGCAUGAGCGUAUCGUCCAGUUCCCAUUCUCAGCAGCGGUGGAGAACGAAAAGACAGAAGAGGAGCUCACGCGUCUAGCUGAGCGAAGGCGUGCACAAGGCAAGAAGCUUCAAGAAAUUGCAGCGAAUAAGAGGGCAGAAAGGCUUACAGAGAUGGAGAAAAAACUCCAAUUUCUUAAACAAAAAAUGGAUGCGCAAGCCGAGAUGUCGCCUGAUCGUGCUGCACAGAUGGCGCUGUCCUUAGGUUUUGAUUCCGUCGAAGAAACUCAGAACUAUAUCAAGAAGCUUGAGAAGAACAUUAACGAACGACGUAAGAAGGACGCUCCGGAGGGUGACGAGCAGGAGAAGGAGGAGCCGUCGUUCCCUCUUGUGGAUGUUCCGGAUGAAGAUCUCGACGAGGAAGGACUGAAAGAAAAGCGAAAACAAAAAAUGAUGAAAGCCGGAUGGGAAGCCCGUGAACGUACACGACGCGAAAAGGAACGCGAAAAAGAAGAGCGAGAGGCAGAGGAACAACGCGAAGCUGAAGAACGUGAACGCGACUUGGGUGGAUGGGCUGAACGAAUGAGACGCGAACACGAGGCUACGAUGGUGAGGAUUAAAGACCGUGCACGUCGUAAGGCUGCGUUGUCGGAUCGGAAGAGCGCUGUUGCGCAAGCACGGAUGAAGAAUAUUGCGAGUCUUGCUGCUGAUGAUCGGGUGCCGAAGAAAAGGAGGAAGGGGAAUGGAGAGGAUAUGUUUGGUGCCGACGACGCAGACUGGGCAAUCUACCGAAAAAUAAACACAGCAACCGUAUCCUCCGAUGAAGAAGAAGACCUCGCCCGCCUCGAACAAGUCGAAUCCAAACUCCUCCAACACGACCCCUCAUUCAUAGAAGAACACACAUACGCAGCACGUGCACAGCAGCGUUCCGCACUUAUGCAAGCAUUCCGACCUGCAUACCCCGAAGGUGACGCAGCUGGUGCAGCGAGAGUGCAUUUGAGCACGGAGAGGUGGCGGACGUGUGAGACUUGGUUUGCGCCUGGGAUGGCUGGGGUGGACGCUGCGGGUUUGGGUGAGGUUGUACAGAAUGUGCUUGCAAGGUUUGGGGAGGGGGAGAAGGGGAGGCUUGUUAGUAAUGUGUUAGUAACAGGUGCACCUUCACAACUACCCGAGCUCGUACCACGACUGCACAACGCAAUGCGUCCCAUUCUCCCACCCGAAAUGCCACUCAACAUCUCCAGAGCAGAUAACCCAGCCUUAGACGCCUGGCGAGGGAUGGCCGACUGUGCGAUGAGGCCGGAACAUUGGAACUAUGCUGUCACUAAUGCAGAGUAUCAUGAAUGGGGAGGAGAACGUAUUAAACGCUGGUGGGGCGGGAACUGGAAUUCUUCGUUCGUUGUUGAUGAAGAUCAGAAGUCAUGAGAGAUACUGAAAUGGGUCGACGAAUUACUGUCCCGUCUUCUCACCAUGUUCCAUAUGUAUCUUUCUGGUGUACGCUUUG